AUGCAGGUUGGCGACGAGCUCGAGUGCAGGUACGGCUGGAGCGGGCGCCUGCAGCUGUGGCUCAACCACGACCUCCUGGUGGACCUGGAGACGUCAAGGCCCAUCCGUGCCGACGCGGACUACUUCGCGGUGGUGGACGUGUGCUUCUCGGCCACCAGCCUCACCCUGCUGGAGCCUGCGCUGGCCCAGGACCCCGUCGGCAGCCCGCCGCGGCUCCCGGCGCCGCCCUGCUCGGCGGGCUCCGCCUCCGCGGGCUCCAGCGGCGCGAGCACGGCGCUGCGGGAGCUGUCCGACACCGCCAGCGAAGGCAGCGCCUGGCAGGAGCCGCUCGACGAGGCGGCCUGGGCCACCCCGUUCGCCCGGGCCUGGCGGGCGGAGCGGCUGGUGUCGGCGCCCUUCAGCGUCGGCAUGUUCGGCGUCGGACUGCUGCCCACGCUCCGGUGA